UAACAGUUCGGAACAACCUCGGGUAGCGGAGAAAAGACUAGAAAUUCCAUAUUUGUCAUUUCGCACAGAGAAAACAACUUUAUGUUUGUCUCUGAGACCAGCAUCCUCCCUCCUACAGGGAUGAGGGUGCGGGUAUUGGACAUGGAGGGUCAGGAAUUCAUAAUUGACCUGAAUCCAGACUCGAAAAUUGACGAUGUAAAAAUAAGAUCAUUAGGUCAUUUUCUGAACCCAGCCGACAGUAUGAAAAGUUCUCUUUACCACAAGAUUCUUCUGGUUCGUACAGGAAAAGUUCUUAGCGACGAAAAGACAUUGUCACAAGAAGGAGUAACAGAUAAUGAUGAGCUGAUUAUACUGAAGAAGAGACUAGUACCAUCAAGAUAUGAAAGCAAAGAUCCGCUACAGAAAGAUGAAGGUAAAAAGAUCACCAUGGAUACUAUUAAAGAGGUGACAUGCCGUCUUCCAGUAGCGAAAGCACCAAAGGCUCCUGAAACUCCACCAAACUUGGACUUUCAGACAGAACUAAGGAAGAUCUUAGUCUCACUAAUAGAGGCUUCCCAAAAGAUUCUUUGUCUUAAUCCAGAGGCAUCAAAGAUAUUUAAACAAGCUGAAGAUAUGUUGAAAGAAUCAACAGAGCCUAAGAUUGAUCAGGUUUCAUUGCGAAAACUCACGGAAAUGGGAUUUCCUGAAGGAAGAGCAAAGAAAGCUUUAGUGUUGAAUAAAAUGUCAGUGACAGAGUCCAUGGAGUGGUUGAUACAGCACGAGUCUGAUCCUAAUAUUGAUGAACCUGUCCCUGGCACUGAAGAGGUGCAGGAACCAGAGGACCAGACUGAAGGAGCUGUUGGAGGUGUGGAGGAUAAUGAUGAGGGUCAGUCACCUCAGGUCACUAACAUACUCAAGUCACUACGGGCAUUCAGGAAAAGAGAGUUCAAAGCAAACCCAAGGGCCCUCCAGAACCUAGUAGAGAUGGGAUUCCCAGAGAAGGAUGCCAUUGAUGCUCUGAGAGUGGGCAGAAACGACCAGGACGCCGCCUGUGACUGGUUGCUAGGCGACAGGAAAACAAAGCCUGAAGAAAUGGAGGAAGGAAUUGAUACCAAUAGCUCCAUCUACAAAGCCAUCAUGGCCAAUCCAACGGUACAACUAGGACUCAACAACCCCCGUUGUCUACUAGCAUUUUUACAGAUGUUGGAGAGUCCUUUUAUGACACAGCAGUGGCUGAAUGAUCCAGAGACUGGGCCUCUAUUAGUACAAAUAUCUCGUAUUUAUCACUCGGAGAAACACUCAGGUACACAAUCAGACUCGGCCACCAAAACCACGGAAACUAUGACAUUGUCCUCAUCUAUUUCAUCAUCAGGAUCAUCUGACUCCUCUUUUGCCAGCACGUCAACGCAAAUCCUUUCAUCUCAGCAUAAUAGAACAUCCCAAGAGUCCCUCUCCAUUGCCAACAGCCAAAUGUCAAGGUCGGAGAGUGAUCCUAUUGGAACAAGGUCACGGUUACCAGACAAUGACACUGUCGAUUCAAGGUCAAGGUUACCUGAAGAUGCUUCAUCUGUUUCUUUAGGAAAUUCCCCCAUGGAGGGAGGUAGUGAAAAUGAUCUAAGACCAUCAGUUGCUAGGCAACAACGUGAUGCAGGGUCAUCUCCAGUUACAAUGUCAAGGUCUUCAUCGUCAGGAAAGGUAAAAGGUGACAAUAAGCCUAAAGGAAGGUGACAUCCUGACUUUGAUGCAAAUUAAUGACAUUUUAGUAUUUAUGAUUUAUAUAAGAUUCACAGCACUAUUAUUAUUUUUCAUUACCUAAAACAAUUUCCAUUCUUUAACCUGAUUCUUACUAAAAAUAAGACAAUGUUAAUCUAAUUCAAAAUGCCAUACUUCCUUAGUCUGUCUUAAUGAUUCCAUUAUACUUAGGACUGUGUUAGUACACUGUAGUAUCAAAUGUCAAAAGACAUUUUAAAAAUGAAUUUGAAGAGCUUGAAUUCAGUAUGAAACAUAUCCUCUGAAAAUGAUUAUAUAUUUUUCAUGUAAUUGAAAAUAAUCAACCUUGUGACAUAAUGCAGACUAUUGUUACAAAAUGUCAAGCUUGUAUUCAUAAAGCUAUAUCCCAAUUAUCAGGCAGACAUUUUUUGAAGUUAAAAACACAGCAUAAUUUCUUGACAGGGUACAUUUUUUUGUCUGUAAAAAAACUUCAUAUCGGUAUGUAAGAAAUUAACUUUUAAAUACAUAGUGUUCUAUGUGGUAUAAAUGCUGGUACACACGUAGUGUUAUGUGUUGGUAUAAAAGCUGGUAAACAUGUAGUGUUGUGUGUAUGAUAAAAGCGGGCUUAUAUGUAGUGUAAUGUGUUGCAUAAAUGCUGGUAUACAUGUAGUUGUAUGUGGUAUAAAUGCUGGUAUACAUGUAGUGUUAUAAGUGGUAUAAAUGCUGGUAU